AAAAACAAGGAAAGAGAGUGGACGAGAAUUUGAAAAUGUAAUGGCCAAGUAAAAUAUUGGUAGCAGUCGGGUCUUUGCCGUUUGAAUCUCUCUUUAUUUUUCUUCUCUCUCUUAAAACUUACACAAACCAAAAUCUCUUUCUUACAUUUCAUCUGAUUCUUUAGUCCCAUGUCCGUGCGUAUUAUAUAACAAAGACACCCAGCGAGAUAAAAGGGGCAUGUUUUUCAAGUUAUAAGAGCUUGUAAGGAAUAAAAGAAAGAAACUUUCACAUGUAUAUGAAUGUAUAAAUUUUGGGUUCUUAAUGUUAAUUGAGUUCCUUCACUCAAUCUCUUGCUUUGCUUCAUUCUAAAAACACAGAUAUAUAAAAGAGAAAGAACUUUUCUUGACUUGAAGAAAAUUCGAAUUCCUUCUUGUUGUCUAGUGAAGGACAAACUACAAAAGCUUGGCCUUUGACCUUGUUUUGUUGGAAUUCUUGUUGGAUAUAGUCAAAUUAAUUGUUGUUGAUGAUGGGGGAUCAUUUUGUCUUGUUGGUGGAUCGAUUGCUAACAGAAUCUACAUUAGAAGCUGCAAUUGAGAGCAGAAAUAGAUUGAUGCAAACAACAGCAUCAGCAAUUGAUGAAACAAAAAUUGAUAUAUCUUCAAAUAAAGUGAAUUUUGGGGAUGUUUCUACUGCAAGAAAAAUAGUGGAGUGCAGGAUAUGCCAAGAUGAAGAUGAAGAUUCCAACAUGGAGAUUCCUUGCUCUUGUUGUGGAAGCUUGAAGUAUGCUCACCGCAGAUGCGUUCAGAGGUGGUGCAAUGAGAAGGGUAACACCACAUGUGAGAUAUGCCACCAGCAAUUCACGCCUGGUUAUACUGCUCCAGCACCGCUGUUUCAAAUAGGACGUAUUCCGAUGAACCUUAGGGGAAAUUGGGAGACUACCAGAAGAGACUUGCAUGGUCCCCGCUUUAUAGCAAUGGUAUCGACCGACCGCAAUUUCCUUAAUCCUGACUAUGAAGAGAUUUCAGCCUCAACAAGAAACUCAAUCUACUGUCGCUCAAUUGCCAUAGCUUUCGUGUUUCUUUUGAUUCUACGGCAUACUCUUCCAGUCAUCCUUACUAGAACCAAUGAUAUGUCUUUCCCAUUGCUUAUGUUGGUAUUUCUACGAACUGCUGGAAUUGUUCUUCCGUUAUAUUUUAUUGCAAGAGCAGUGACUUCUCUACAGCAACGCCGCCAUCGACAGGUGCCUUCGAAUGUAUCUUUUACUACAUCUGAUGAAGAAGCUGAGCAUUCAACACCACCGUCUCGCCUAAGUAUAAGCGAUGUUCAAUAGUCUGUUUAUGAAGUAUUACCUUGUGAUCAGCAGCAUCUGCCAAUCUUUAUGUCAGUAGUGUUUUAAAGUGUGUGAAGGUGACCUCAAUAUGCCAGGGUGAUAUCUUCUCCAGCUCAGGUUUAAUUAGAUUCUGGUUUCCAGGAAAAUGUUAUAGUUUCUGUGACAGCUCUGGAAUAGAACCAGCAGAAACAUUUAGUGAACAACCAUCAAAUGUUAUGUAGAUUAUUAGAUGUACAUUUCCUAUAUUGGUCAUCGUAUCUCUAUACUUUGUACAGGCAGGAAAAUACCACACUGUAUAUACAACAUUUAUACCAGAAAAAGUACAUUGUAAAUUAUCAGCAAAUAUAGUAAUUUAUUCUAUCAUUUGCA